GAGAGUCACACACACACACACAGAGAGUUUAGGUCUGCUUUGUAAAAUCUCUCUAUCUCUCUAUCUGCACUUAAUCAUUUCUCUUUUCUCUUUUCUCCCACUCACCACUUAAAGAAAUAAAAACCCAAAUCUUUCUUCCAUAGAUCUGAUCCUCUUUAAGCUCAAAUUCGUUCAACCCUUGUCCAAAGAUCCUACCUUUUCCACUAAUCUCUUCCUCCUCGCAAGAUUCUGCAUCUGCAUUCGCUAGCCACCCGAUGCUGCAUGCAGUUCCCAAGACCCUUUUAAAUUGCAUGCUCCACAACUCGACCUCAGUAAAAAAGGGUUACUUUCCCCUCCUCGAUUUGAAAUUUGAGAUUAAAAGUUUCAAUCUUUUAGGUUGUUAAUGGAUUCUCAGAGGGAACCCAAAUCUCAUUCCUUGAAUACGCAAGGCUCCUCUCUUUACAGCUUAACUCUCGACGAGGUCCAAACCCAUUUAGGUGGCUCCGGUAAAGCCCUCGGAAGCAUGAACCUUGAUGAGCUUCUCAAGAGCGUCUGUUCCGUGGAUUCGAACGGUGACACUACUCAGGAGGGUGGUGGUGGUCUCUCUCGUCAGGGGAGUUUGACUCUGCCUCGGGAUCUCAGCAAGAAGACUGUCGAGGAAGUCUGGAAAGACAUUCAGCAAAACACUAACGGAGGUAGUAAUAAUGCUCAUAAGGAGCCUACGCUUGGUGAAAUGACGCUUGAGGAUUUGUUAUUGAAAGCAGGAGUUGUGACUGAGACGGUUACUGGUUUAGGACAGAACAUACCUCAGGCUGGUCCGUGGGUUCAGUACCAUCAGCUGCCGUCGAUGCUGCAGGGGCAGUCUUUUAUGCCGUAUCCGGUGGCUGACAUGCAAGCGAUGGUGUCUCAGACGUCUCUGAUGGGGGGUUUGUCUGAUACGCAGACUCCGGGGAGGAAGAGGGUGGCUUCAGGGGAGGUUGUGGAGAAGACUGUUGAGAGGAAGCAGAAGAGGAUGAUCAAGAAUAGAGAGUCUGCUGCUCGUUCUCGUGCUAGGAAACAGGCUUACACUCAGGAGCUAGAGAUCAAAGUUUCACGGUUAGAAGAAGAAAACGAAAGACUAAGGAGGCAAAAGGAGGUAGAGAAGAUACUACCAAGUGCACCACCGCCAGAUCCCAAGCGGCAACUCAGACGAACAAGCUCAGCUCCUUUCUGAUCUCAAAACUAUGUUUUUGUUUUUGUGCCGGUUUGCUUAUAAAAAAAGAGAGAGGAAAACAGCUUUUGUUUGUUUGUUUGUACAUUCGGUAGACUUUUUUUGUCUUAGAGCAAUUCUGUUAAACUUUUUUUAAAAACAUUUAAGAGUUAUUUUUAGUAGCAACAACAAUCUUUUUUCUUGAGUGUGUUGAUUAUCAAAUUAAGAUGUUGAGCAGAAGAAGAUUACAACAAUAGACACAGUCUGUAACAUGGAUCACACAGGAAGGAAAACUGUUUGAAGAUGGAUCAUACAGCUAACUUUCAUCAUAAGAACUUGUUUACUAUAUAUGUUCAGCAAUAGCCAAGCUUGAUGUUAAACUAGGCUACUCUUUGACAAAUGCUUUCAUAACAAAACCCAAUGCCAUAAGGAACCUGUAUUACAUACCUGUAUGACAAAAUCAUGGGAUUUAAUAUACUGAGGUUGUGUUGUUAUUGAGUUCAAUUACUUGAACUGUUUAAGGCUAGGUCUUUGUUUAUCAGCUUGUAGUAGGAACCAAACACAUUGAUUGUCUCUUAAAUAAAACUUUAUUUUCUUUAGAUGUUUCAUUGGAUGUGCUCAAACAGUGUGUGUCUAGGAAGUAGCUACAAUGAAGAUUCUUGCUAAUAAUGCUCACUGCUAAUCUCAUUAUUUCUUAGAACCCUUGUCCCAGACAGAACAUGAACCAGCUACUAAUUCAUGGUUAAGUCAGAGUAGAUUAUAUCUAAGCCAUGAUUCAUUGUAUUAAAGAGUAGUAAGGUCCUUGAGUUUCUAAGUGUUUCAGAUUCUUAUGUAAGUUUUUCCUUCUGCACACUUCUGCUUAUCGAUUCUUGUGUCUUAAAGAUCUUAUGAUUAAAUUCAUCUUUCUAGUAUCUAUUUUUAACUGUGUCUUUUGCAUUCUCCAGGAGAAUGGCAUGUACAACAAACAUGAGCUCGGUUGGUGGGGGCAGAUUAGAUCCACCAUCCGGUUCUUCAAAUGAUAAAAGCUAUAGACGUCCGAGACUAAUCAAAGCCAUACAAGAUCUCAGAACUAAGCUUCUGGUGAAAUUCAGGAGAUAAAGAAAGAUCUCCCAAGAAGCUGCUCUUUCUCUUGGUGGGAUUCUACUCUGCAACUGCUUUCUCUACGUUUAUAGGACAAACAGGAGACUGGGAUGUUCUAUCUGCUGUGUUGGCUGUCAUUGUAGUUUGUAAUAGCAUUGAUUCUCUGAAACAUUGUUUCCCAUUGCUCUGUUUUUUUAAUAAUCUGUUGAGAAGUUAACAAAGAUAUGAUUUUUAUGAACUCUAUGUGCGCACAAAUCACUUAGCUUAAAGUAUCUACAUAGUUCUGAAAAUCAAUGCCAAAAGAGCAAACAAAGGCAGAAACAAGACGGAACAUUUGUGUUCUUCUUCAAAACUGUUCCAAACCCAGACGACGAUGCUUUUGAAAUCUCUGACAAGAACCAGAAAGAAAAACCCAAGACGAGUAUAUUGAACGAACCGAAGAAGAAGACAGUGUUGACUCGACGUCGUUUUUGAGUGUCUAAUAGAUAGUGUUUUUUUUAAGUCCCACAUCGGUAAGCCAAAGCAAGAGGGAUGUAAGCUUCGUACUAUAUAAAGAAGCCGAGUCAAACUUAACAAUUCAUACCUUUCUCGGCUUUUUGGCUAAGAUCAAGUGUAGUAUCUGUUUUUAUCAGUUUAAUA